AUGGAGCUCACCGGAUUCCUCGCUGCCCUGGCAGUCUUCCUGCCUAUCGUCUACGGUGCCCCUACCACGGCCGCCAACAGCCUACACCCCGAGAUCCUCGCUGCCAUGAAGCGCGAUUUGGGACUCGAUGCUGAGCAGGCGCAUGUCCGUGUUGCCCGCGAGCUCAAGGCCACUGAGGUCAUCGAGCAGCUACGUACCAAGGCUGGUAGCUCCUUCGGUGGCGCCUGGCUCGUCGAUGGCGAGCUCAAGGUCGCCGUCACUGACGAGGCCUUGACAUCUGAUGUCGCUGAUGCUGGUGCCACCGCCUUGGUUGUUUCAACUCCUCUCUCCAAGCUCCAGGAAGCCCAGAAGGCACUUGACAACCUGGACAUUGAGUCAGCCCUUGGCAAGCGCUCAGAGGCCGCAAACGGAAUUGCGGCUUACUAUGUUGACAUCGCCGCCAACAAGCUCGUACUUGAGGCCCUUGCCGACAGCACCGCUCAGGCUGAGGAGCUGGCCAAGCAAGUCGGCCUCACUGAGGCCGAGUUCGAAGUCAAGACCGUUCAGGCUUUGCCGACCACAUUCGCCACCAUUCGCGGUGGUGACGCCUACCUCAUCAACCGCGCCGGACGAUGCUCUGUCGGCUUCUCUGUCACUGGCGGUUUCGUUUCUGCUGGCCACUGCGGCACUACUGGCAACACUGCCUCUACCACCGCCGGUGCUACUAUUGGAACCUUCGCGGGUUCAGUCUUCCCAGGAAACGGCGACUACGCUUACAUUCGCGGUACUACUGGAAACACCUACACUGGCAGAAUCAACAACUACAACGGCGGUACACUUCCUGUUUCAGGCAGCACCGCUGCCGCCACUGGAGCCAGCAUCUGCCGCUCCGGUUCCACCACCGGUGUCUUCUGUGGCACCGUCCGCUCUCUGGGAGCCACCGUCUCUUACGCUGAGGGGCGUGUUACUGGUCUCACCCAGACCAGUGUCUGCGCCGAGCCCGGCGACUCUGGCGGUUCUUUCUACUCUGGUGCUCAAGCCCAGGGUGUCACCUCCGGAGGCUCUGGCAACUGCCAGAGCGGCGGAACAACCUACUUCCAGCCCGUCAACGAGAUCCUGUCAGCUUACGGACUCACUCUGACCCGUGGUUAA